AUGGCAAGACAUCGAAAGAGCGCUAAAAAAGACACCGAAUCAGAAAACGAAUUAGCCAUAGCUAUGAUGUUAAUGGCGAAAGUCAUAACGAAGUUUUCAGGUGCUUCCAACCAACCUAACCCGCCAAAGGUUAAGAAGGGAGGAAAAAAGCCAGCCCCAAAAGGCGAAACUAAACAAAACCAAGGAGUGAAAACACUUGGUGGCAACAAGCUAUCUCACAACCCAAAAACCCAAGUUAGCGAGCAUGUGACAGCCAAAGAUGUAAGUGAAAAAAGACGCAUUAAAAACACCAAACGCAGAGCUCGUAAGACUAAAACCCAAGCAAGCUUAAAUUUGAAAAACGCUAGUGCAGGGAGUCAGAAGACAACUCAAGACAGUGUGGCGACUGCUAUAAAAGGUAAAGGCAAAAAGAGAGCAGAACUACCUUCUAGAUACACUUUCGAUGUUCAAACGGACCAAGUGAAGACACUUCUAAUGAAUAAAUAUCCAGAGAUGUGUUCUUCCGCACCACCACCACAUAAAAAAUCUAAAAUAAUGGAAAACGUGGUAGAACUACGACCUGUAAUAGGUGAAAGAGUAGUUCAAAUGAACAAAGAAAGAUAUGAGGUUAUACCAAACGGGAAGGUAGUAGAUGGAGUAGCUGAAAAAGCACUUGUCUCUUUCAAUCGAGUAAAAAGAUUACGGGAAAAAAGAAUGAUCCAUGUCAUUCAGUGA